AUGAGAUGGUUUUAUCAAGAUAUGACCACUGCAGAUGCCACAGGUGUGGCCGCGGCCGCGAAGGCUGACCCUGGCAGCCGAGUCCGAGCCGAGGUGGGUGGGGCGGGAGGCGGAGGAAGGGGCGGUGGCACGGAGGCCCAAAUUCCGGCCACUAGUGGGCGCUCCUCUGGUCUGGGAUGUAGAUUUGGCCCGCCCUCUUCACGCACCUUUUGUUACCAGGUGAACAUCCCCAAAUUCCGCAGGACUUUCUGCAAAAAGUGCGGCAAGCACCAGCCUCACAGAGUGACACAGUACAGAAGAGGCAGAGAUCGCCCUUUCGCGCAGGGGAGAAGGCUCUAUGAUAGGAAGCAGAGUGGCUAUGGUGGCCAGACCAAACCAAUUUUCAGGAAAAAGGCAAAGACCACAAAAAAGGUUGUACUGAGGCUUGAAUGUUUGGAACCCAGCUGCAGGACAAAAAGGAUGCUUGCCAUUAAGAGGUGUAAGCAUUUUGAACUGGGAGGAAGUAAGAAGAGAAAGGGCCAAGUGAUCCAGUUCCGAGUUUCACUGUUUUCGUCUUAAUAGAAAAAACCAUUCCAUUCCAUCCCUUGGUUUUGUAUUUUCUGUCUUGGAAAGGAAGAGGCUUGAGUAAAACCAAGUCUCAUACUGUAUGAAGCUUUUCCCAUGUAGGAAAAGUUCUUGAGGAUGUGGUUGAAUGUUGUAACUUUUAUCAUCUACUUAAGGAAAUGUAUGUCAUUGAGAGAAAGCCCAGCUGGACAUUUCUAGGGGGCCUUGGCUAUUAGUACUAUGACUAAAAACAGUUACAGCCUAGGUUCCCAGGCAAAUUGGGGUUGGGGAAUUAGGGAUACAGAGUAAAAGUAGCCCCUAUUUUAAAGUUUUUAGCAAAUCCAAUGAAUUCAUCACCUUCAGAGGUUGCCCUUCCCAUUUCAAAAAUAACAAAAUGGUUUCCCCUAUCUCUGAAGAAUUAAUUAUGACAGAAACAUCUUAUCAAAUGAAAAGUCAAACUUUUACCUUUUCAAAAAAGUAUUAAGGUAGUGGUUUCCCUUCUCUAUUUGGCUUCAGUUAAUCCUCUAUAGAGAACUAAUUAAUUGAUUAAAGUACCUGUUCCUUAAAAGGAUGGCCUAAUUGAAAACCAAUAGUAAUUUUGUUUAGGGGUGGGUGGGAAUGACAACUGGGUAAGACUUGAAAUAGCAAAGAAUGGAGGUAAUUGUUCCUUUGUUUUACAUUGUUUUUUGUAUUACAUAAACCCAUGUUAGGCUUUAAGCCCUCAAGGGCCGAAUGUUUGUCUGUGUCUUAUCUUUGUAUCUUGGCACAGUGCCCAGCACUGUGCCUUUCACACUAAAGGUGCUUAAUAAAUGUUGAGUCUUCCUAA